CAUGAAUCGGUUUCCUGGCAGCGUCCCGUGCGUCCAGGCCUACCGAGCGCGAGGCCGCGGCAGCCACAAGAAGCCGUCGAGCGCGCGAGACGAUCGGGCAGCGCGACGCGUAGCGGCGGACACAUUAGCUGGGGCAGCCGUCGAGCGCGCGAGACGAUCGGGCCGCGCGACGCGUAUCGGCAGCCCACACGAACCAUGGCCUUCGGCAUGGACUACGAGAAGAUCUUGCGGCGCCACGUCCUCGAGGAGGAGCUGCGCGGCGGCACCGACGCCGUGAAGGACGCGGACCUCAAGCUCACAGCCCCGCCAAUCAAGCCGCAGAACAAAACAAACACCACAAAACUGUGGUGGGACGCGAUCAUGAACGACCGGUCCGUCGCCGCCGCCGCGCUCGUGCGGCAGCGGAACGUCGACGUUAAUGCCAGAGACGGCUGCGGCCGCACGGCGCUCUGGCACUACGCGUGGCGCGGCGACGAUACGGGUUUAAAACAGCUGCUGGACCUGGGCGCGGACGCCUCCGUGGUAGAUGGAGACGGCGACGGCCCGCUGGCCGCCGUCGCGCGCCGGGGCGAGGCGCGCUGCAUCGAGUGCGUCGAGAUUUUAUUGAAACAUAAUGCACCUACGGACGCGCGGAACGACGACGGCCGGACGGCGCUCUGGCACGCGUCGAACUACGGCCGGACGAAGGUCGUCGACGCCUUAUUGAGAGGCGGCGCGGACGCGAACGCCGGCGACCGGAACGGGGCGACGCCGGUCCACGCGGCGUGCGCCGCCGGCCGCGCGGCCUGCGCGGGUCUGUUACUCCGACACGGCGGCGACGCCCGCCGCUUGGACGGCGACGGGCGGAGCGGCCUCCACGCGGCCUGCAAGAGCGGCGACGUUGAAAUCGUCGCCGCGAUGCUGGACGCCCCCGUAGAUAUAGAUGGGAGGGACGCGCUCGGCCAGACGGCGCUCUGGCAGGCGUGCCGGGACGGGUUCGCGGACGUCUGCGCGUUGUUACUGACGCGCGGCGCGUCUCCCGACGUCGCGGCGCACUCGGGGCGGCUCCCCCGGGAGAUCGCCGAGCUCCACGGCCACGCCGCGGUCAUCGCGACGUUCGAUGCGCCGGCCGCGCCCCCGGUGCGCGUCGAGGCCGCCGCGGCGCCUCCGCCGGCCGCGCCGCGCGCCGCCCCGGCGGCGGAACCCGUUCCCCAGAAGCUCGGCCCGAGGCGGGCGCUCGAGAGCGGCUUCGUUCGUUCUCCGGUGUUUGACGACUAG